AUGGAAGCUUGGGCGAAGGCAGCCGCAUCCGCGUCGCCCGCGAAGCGCAGCGCCGACCAAGAGGAGAUCACAACGAGAAACCCCGAUUCCUGGCCCUUGGCAUUCUCCACGACCUCCGAAGGAAAGCCUAUAGCCUUGAGGCCAGAAGGAAGCCCCUCCAAUGUUAGGGAUAUUUUUCAGCAAUCUCGAGAAAAGACAAACCAUUUUCUGGGAGAGAUGCUAGAUAAGAAUGCAAAUCCUCAAUCCCCGGGCUCGAUUGGGGAUUCUGGCAGGGAUGCCUUCGCCGCGAAGUUUGUUGGUGCCCGCAGUGAGGAAAGGGUCGGAGGCGCGACCCAACCCGAACACACAGAAGACGACUGUACGGAUACGAUUAUGAGGAAAUCUCCAUUUUUGAAUGACGAUAUACAUACUGAGAACCCCGAGACAUCGACUUGGUUGGAAUCAACAUUACAUCAGCGCCGUCGAGAGCUCAAGAGCAAACUAUCUAAAUCGUGGGCCAAUCGCGGACCGGAGAUUCUGUGGCACAAAGUCUUACACCCGGGCAAAGACCAGUCUAUGUGGUGGGAGCGGGUGGCAUCUCUCAGAUCAUUUCGGCUGCAAGUUAUUAUACUUCAGAUGUCUAUCCGCCGCACCAUCCUCACAAGCCGUCAAGACAAGCGUCACAUUCUGAAGCUGUUGCCACAGGGGCACGAAAGGAGGAAAAUCAUUGAAAUCCUGAGCGGUAAUGGUUUAAGGCGCAACGAAAUUAGCGCAAUGGUGCAUAUUAUUCAAGGCCGAACCGAUUACGAGUCGUGCAAACGAUUUCUCAAAUACACUGGCCAUAAACCUAUCUUUCUCCUUCGGUACCUCCUCCGACCUAAUGCCGAUUUAAGCAACGUCUUUGUUCUUCACAAACUGAUUCAAUACGUUUCUGACACUUACCAUGGACGAAGAGAUUGGCAACGAGGCGAAGAACUUCCUGGCCUCAGAGAGCGAGGUUCCCUGCGCUCGAAGAAUCCCAUGUUGAACAUGGACCCGAACCUUUUCAGCUCAACCUUGGCCAUGCUAAUCCAAAGGUGCCUGGAGGUGGAAUCCCGGCUCUGCCUUUAUGUGGCCGAUGUUGCCAUUCAAUAUAUCCUGAACCUUCGCUCGUGGGACCAACAUCCAGAGAAAACGUUCUCUGAUCAGUGCGUAGUCUUCAACAAGACGUUGGCCGCACUGAGCCCACGCAAGGCAAUUCACCAAACAAAGGCUUAUCGAUCAUUUCCACACAUUUGGGAAGCACAGAGGAAGCUUUUGACAAUGUCUGCGACCCUCGAAAGGCCUCUGCUCCUGAACCGUCGUAGCUUUUUCGCCGUGCAGAUGGUGUUAGCUGGACAGCAGAAGAAUCACGUUGAGAGCCAUAGCUCAAGUCUCCAUGCCCAGUCUUGGCCUCCUUAUCUAACGCCUAGCGACGGAAUGGAUGAGACCACCGAGCCUGAACUGAAUUGGAGCCGGUCCGUGCAAGCUAAUGCUCUGGCUCAAGAGGCAGGAUUUGACAGCACCGAGCUUGAAGAGUCCCUCAACAUUCUUCAGGGAAGGGCUGCUGAUGGAACCCCGACCAUUCAACAACGGCUUUCAAGAUUCCCCGAUGAUAUGACACCCUGGGUUGCCUCCAUCAGAGCGACACGAGAUGCACAGGAGGCCUGGGGCAGAUUCCUGAACCCCCCACAGAGAUGGCAGAGACCUGGCCUGAAAGAAUAUGCGGCAAUGUUCGCAAAACUACUACAACCAGAUGUAUGGCCCGGCACAAACCUAUAUCCGGGAGACAAGGCUGUCAACUUUCCUGUUAAGCAGUUGAACCUGUCAGAAUUUGGCAGAGCUCGGCUAAAACCGCCGACUGUGUCUGUUUUGUAUGAGAGGAUGCUCAGGGGAGGCAUUCGUCCUAGGAAAGGGUGCUUGAAUAUUCUCGUCUGGCACGCAGAGGACCUUGAGACGGCGCAUUCUUAUCUGCGAGACAGUGAAAUUGAUUACUCGAUUCUGGCUGAUACCUCAAUUGGGGAUGAUCUGGACCCAAUCAAGCUACGAAAGAUUCAUAUGCCUCUCUUUUCUGCCUACAUAAACGUCCUAUGCCGCGAGCAUCCGAACAAAAAUGCACUGGAGAGAGCCAUCUUCCUGUCUAUGAAACGUUUCGAAGUGGACCAUGCCAACAGAGGGUGGGCACCACGGGUCUGGGGCAUGAUCAUGAAAGCUAUCACUGAACCAUAUCAGCGGAAAAAGCGGCCUCUCCACGAACAGCUCACUUUGUAUAAUCAGAUACUUGGCUUUGUCGAGGCAAGGACCCUUCUGCCACUGUCUUCUUAUUUACAGUUUUGCAAAUCUUUGCGCAAAAUGGUCGCAGGAGAACUGGGCCGUAUUAUGUCUGACUUGGAGGCUGGUCGACAGUCUGUACUGGCUACCUUGUAUGAUUCACAAACUCACCAUUACGGUUCAUCACCUUCUCAGAAUCUCGAGGGGGUACGGAGCGAUCGGCGUGCUAGAGAACAGAGGGAUCUCCAUGCUAUCAAUGUGAGUGUUAAGCGGAUGAAACAGCACUUCAACUACAUGGUUCAUCGAGAAGACGAGGGCCGCGAGAUUCUCCGGAUACAUCGCAUUGAUCCCCUGGAUCAGAUCUUAGCCCGCAGAGAUCCGGUAAGAGCAGAGGACGCUCACGAGCAUCUCCAGACCCUGGCAUUCGUUGGCGAGUUUGACGAGAUGGUGAACGUACUCACCCGCCUAGCUCGGGAGUGGUCAGAUCCCGACCUCUGCAAAGCGCUGGACGAAUGCGAGAAGAUCCCACCCAUGGCGGACUUCACCCAGGUGCUGUGUGUCUUCCGGCUGCUGGCCGAGCCGAUGCUCGAGACUAAGCGAGUGGACCGGCUGCGCCAAACAAUCGAAGAGGCUCACGCUGGCUGGGUCUGGCCUGAUGACGAGGCUGUCCGCUGGUAUCGAGACACCCAGGAUGGCCAGGGUACGAAGGAGCUUGCUCACGUCCUUGAAUGGGUACGCUAUAGGCAACGGCAACCAGGGCUGGAGGCCGAAUUCGACAUGUAG